AUGGAGUCAGACAUCUCACAAGCCUUCCAGAAAGAACUCACCUGCUUCAUCUGCCUGAGGUGCCUGACAGACCCAGUCACCAUAAGCUGUGGUCACAGCUUCUGUCGAGCUUGCCUCCACCUUUCCUGGGAAGACAUCCAACCUCCUGAACGAUGCCCUUUGUGUAGAGAACAAUAUGGGAAGGACUUGAGAACCAACAUUGUUUUGAAGAAGCUGGUGUCCAUUGUCAGACAAGCCAGCCUCAUGAAGGACCUGAGCUCUGAGGAGCAAAAGUGUGUGACCCACGAGGAUACUAAGAGGAUCUUCUGUGCUGAGAACAGGAUCUUCCUCUGUCAACUCUGUUCUAACUCCCAUGAGCACAGAGGACACAGACACUGUCCCAUUGAAGCAGCUGCUGAGGAUCAAAUGGACAGACUUUUGAAGCAAAUGGCAUCUUUAUGGGAGAAGGUCCAAGAAAAUCAAAAGAUUUUAGAGGCAGAGAACAGAAUGAGAACUCUUUGGAUGGACUACUUGACUCUUCGGGAAGAAAUGAUCAGGACAGAGUAUAGGAAACUGCAUCCACUCCUCUGUGAAGAGGAAGAGAAACACAUUGAGUCUAUGAGAAAUGAAGGCCAAUGUGUUUUAGAGAAACUCAGGACAAGUGAAUCCAUGAUGGUGCAAAAGAGAAAAGAACUAAAAGAAAUGUACCAGGAGCUGCUGGCAAUGUCCCAGGAGCCAUAUGUGGUUCUGCUGCAGAGUUUGGACCACAUGUUCAGAAGAAGUGAGUCAAUGCAGCUGAGCAUGCCACAGCCUAUUAAGACAGAACUCAAUGCCCUACCCAUCACUGGACUGACCGAAAGUUACAACCAGUUCCAAGGUUUCUACAAUGUGGAUGGCAACCUCACUGAACACCAAGAAACAUACUCAGGGAGCAAAUCUUGUAAAUGCCUUGAAAGUAAAAAAACCUUUACUAGCCAAUCAGACCUUACAGUUCAUCUGGGAACAUAUAACCAAAGGAAAGCCCAUGUAUGUAUCCAGUGUGAGAAACUCUUUAGCACUAAAUCUUCCCUUACUAGUCAUCAGAGAAUUCACACAGGAGAAAAGCCCUAUGGUUGUAGUAAAUGUGAUAAAACCUUCUGGCAUAAGUCAGCCCUCAUUGUACAUGAGAGAACUCAUACUGGCGAGAAACCCUUUGAAUGUUACGAAUGUGGUAAAGCCAUCCAACAUAACUGGUAUCUCAAAAUGCAUCAGAGAACUCACACAGGUGAGAAACCAUAUGAAUGUAAAGAAUGUGGAAGAGCAUUUCUAAAGAAGUCAUACCUCAAAAUGCAUCAGGGAACUCACAAGAGUGAUAAACCAUAUGAAUGUGAAGAAUGUGGAAAAACCUUCCAUAACAGGUCUUACUUCAACACAUACCAUAGAACUCACACUGGUGAGAAACCCUAUGCAUGCAAUGAGUGUGGGAAAGCCUUUGACCAAACAUCAGACCUCAGGAGGCAUCAGAGAAUUCACAACAAUGAGAAAUUAUAUGAAUGUAAAGAGUGUGGAAAAGCCUAUCAAAAUAAGUCAUACCUCAAAACUCAUCAGAAAGUUCACACAGGUGAGAAACCAUAUGAAUGUAAAGAGUGUGGAAAAGCCUUUCAAAACAAGUCAUAUCUCAACAAACAUCAGAUAAUUCAUACAGGUGAGAAACCCUAUGAAUGUAGUAAGUGUGGGAAAACAUUUCAGUGGAAGUUAGUCCUUAGUAAGCAUUAUAGAAUUCACAUAGGUGAAAAGAUCUAUGAAUGCAUUCAGUGUGGGAAAAUGUUUGGCUGCAAAUAAUCUCUCAUUGUACAUGAAUUGAUUCAUUAUGGGGAGAAUCCCUAUGAACCUAAUAUAUGUAGAAAAACGUUUUCACAGAAAUCAAACCUAAGUAGGCAUCAGAGAACUCACAGACAUGGGGAAGUAUGA